AUGUCAACUCUCAACAACCCAAUGGCCUUAUUAAAGGCAAUGCUGGCGCGCAUUCCCCUAAUCCUCAAGACACUCGUCUUUCACGGCCUACAAAUCACCCCAGCAUCGAAAAAGCAAGACCUUCGCACCGAAAUGACUGUCGCCAUUAUUCGCUCUUUUCUAGAUAUGUCGGUAUCCGUCAGCACACAGCAGCGCAAAUCAAUGAAUGAUCCCGGGAUCAAGGGACCAAUGUGGAUAUCCAAAGUGACAUUGCCGGCUCCAGAAGAUGCUGUUGCGGCUGCUGUUCUAGAUGUUGUCAAGACAUUGUCGGAAGGAGAUGAAGCGAAGAUGAUUGUGAUGCCACCUGUGAAACCUGUGGAGGCCGAGUGGACGGGAUACCGCGGCGGAGUGGACAAGAAUGCGCCACUGCCGGAUAUUUCUGAGAAGGAGAAAUAUGAAGCGCUGAAAGUUGAGGCGAAAUCUGAUUUGGUUAUAUUUUAUAUUCAUGGAGGAGCUUUAUAUCUCAUGGAUCCCUGUACUCAUAGAGUACCCGUGGCAUAUAUCUGUAAACUCACAGGAGCGCGAGCAUUGAAUGUUCGAUAUCGCUUAGCUCCUCAGAAUCCAUUCCCAGCGGCUCUGGUGGAUAUUCUUACUGCUUACUUGAGCCUCAUUCACCCUCCGGAAGGUUCAUACCAUGAACCAAUUCCAGCUGAUAAAAUCAUAUUUGCGGGAGAUUCUGCAGGCGGCAAUCUAAGUCUAGCGUUGUUGCAGACCCUGCUGACGCUGAAGAGGACAUCGUCCACGGUGCAAUUCCACUGUCGCGAAGUCUCUAUCGAUCUCCCAGUCGGCAUAUCACUAAUCUCUCCAUGGUGCGAUAUCACGCGUUCAAUGUCCUCAGUCCGCGACAAUGCAAUUUAUGAUUAUCUAGCACCACCACCUCAUGAACCAGCAGAAACGAUGUACCAUCCUGCCACGAAUACUCCCGAUAGCAUUUGGCCGACUAAUCCACCCCGAAGCGAUUUGUACUGCAAUGCCCGAUUAGUUGCGCAUCCACUGGUAUCACCUCUUGCUUGUCCCAAGGAACUCUGGAAAGGCUCUCCGCCGAUAUAUAUUGCUGUUGGAGAGGAAGGUCUAACAGAUGAGGAUUUAAUCACGGCGCGCAAGAUUCACCAUGCUGGUGUGCCAGUCAUAGUAGAGCAAUAUGAGGGGAUGCCGCAUGUCUUUGGAUUCAUAAUGAUUGGUACCGCUGCUGGGAAGCUGUUUUUUCAAGGGUGGGCUCAGUAUCUUCGGGAUGUCUUAGCAAAGUCUAUACAGCCUGCCCGCGGGGAUGUUGGAAAAGUCAUAUUCCAUCACGCCGGAUGGCAUUCUACGAAAGUGAUAUCAUUGGAUGACGUUCAUAGUCUAAGUGACGCCGAGGUAGAGAAAAUACUACGAGACAGCAGGGAUCAUAGAGCAGAGUGGGAAAGCAAACUCAAUGAGGAAUGGCAAGCCAAGGCCAGGUUAUGA